CAACAAUAUAGCGUCAUUAGCAGCACACUCGCUCUGCAAUCGUUGGCGUCUAUCUGCUCCUAUUUGUCAUCUCGCAAUCGUCUGUAAUGGAUAAUUACGCUAAUUUAUUGGACAAAGUAUAUCGUAUAAGAUAUCACGAGAAGACUGGUGUGAUCGACAAAGAAGAUCCGUACAGGAUUCCGAAAUCGAAAUGGAGUGACGACCACAAGCAUUUGCCGGCAACUAACUACAUCGACAUCGUCAACUAUCUGGUAUUCAGUCCCAGUCCUUUUUGUAGUUUAUCAGACAUCAGAAACUACAGGAGCUUGGAAGCAUAUGAUAGAUUUGUAUGUGGUUGGGUACGAGACAUUGUCUCGUAUGUGCAUUUGUCCGUCGAAGAUGGAAAGGCCAUUCACGUUGUGAAGUCAAAAGUAAUGCAUUCCCAGCGCUUGAAUGAAGCUCCAUUGCACCCCUGGUUCAUCACUGAUGACACGGGCAAAGUUUUGUCAGCCCACUGCAAUUGUAUGGCAGGUUUGGGAGAAUCGUGCACACAUGUAGCAAGUGUGAUGUUUGCUGUUGAAGCUAUUGUUAGACUAAGGGAAAGUACCACCGUAACACAGGAACCAGCCUACUGGAAACUUCCAGCUUUGAUGAAAAAGGUUGAAUAUGCAUCUUUAAGAGACAUUGAUUUUACCUCUUCAAAGACAUUGAAGAAGAAACUUGACUUAUUAAUUGAUGAUUCAUCUGCUACAUGUUCAAGUUCAUCGAGUGCUAAACUUACCCAUAAGUUAGGACCUGCAUCUACACAGAAUUUUGACACCUUUCUUCAUACUAUUAAUGCAGACAGACCAUCUUGUCUAGCAGUUCAUAGUGAUUAUAGUCAUCAAUAUGUACCUGUACCACUACAACCACAAUUUCCACAAGUGAUUCCUGAGCUGUUUGAUGAAAGUCUGGUUGGCAUCCCAUAUGAUGAAGUUUUAGAACACUGUCAGAAUGUUUUAGAUCAGCUGAGCAUCACAGAAGAGGAGGUUACAGCAGUUGAAGCAGCAACAAAGAACCAAGCAGGUUCCCCACUUUGGUUUCAGUUCAGGGCUGGACGUAUAACGGCAUCAAAGAUGAAAAGCGCAAGUCGUACAUCAUUGUUGGACCCUUCUAGGAGUUUACUUCGCCAUAUCUGUUACCCGACUGAGGUCAAGUUUUCUAAUCCAGCUACAAGAUGGGGAUGCAGCCAUGAGGUAACAGCAAGGGAUGCCUAUGAGAAAUUAUCUUGUGAGCAUCACCAUAACUUCAGUGUUGAGGAAUGUGGUUUAUUCCUUAGCUGUGAGUAUCCACAUCUUGGUGCGACUCCUGAUGGUAUUGUUGACUGUAGCUGUUGUGGAAGGGGCUGCCUUGAGAUUAAAUGUCCUUACUGUGCAAAGGAUGACUUAAUUGAUAACAAUAUAGUAUACUUAGAGGAAGUUAAUGGGUCACUGCAACUGAAAAGGGACAGUCAGUACUAUUACCAGGUGCAAACACAACUAUUUGUAACAAAUCAUGAUUAUUGUGACUUUGUUGUUUGGACAAAUGAUAUUUUUAUGGAGAGAAUCACACCUUGUGUGGCCUUCUGGCAACCAGUAGCUGAUCAGGCGAUGCAGUUCUUCACAUCUGUUAUUCUACCAGAGAUUGUUGCACGACACUUCUUGAACACCACAUGUGAAAGGGUUGCUCCAGAAAGUGUUGGGGAAGAAUUGUUUUGUACAUGCAGGACACCAGAAGAUGGAAGCAAGUAUGUUGGCUGCGAUGGGAAAGAAUGUACAGUGAGAUGGUUUCACUUCAAGUGUGUUGGUCUUGUACGAAAACCAAAAGGAAAAUGGUUUUGUAAAGAUUGUUCUUCAAAUAACAAAGGAACGAAGCGCAAACACAAUAGUGAAGAGUGAUGUGUGAUUUCAGUAACUUUACCUGAUCCUUUUAACUUUUCAGUGUGACUCAGUCCUCACUGUUCUGUAACUGAGCUGGCAAACCAUGUCUUAAUGAAACUUGUUCUCAAAAGGAUAUUCAUGCGUUAUAAUGUUGCGCAUACAAAAUGUACAAAUUAAAACUA